CAAAUUGCGUCCAUUAUGUAGAACCCGGACAAUUUAAUUCCAUAAUUUAAAAUCCUUUUCUUCUGGGCUUCGUAUGAUUCACACCAUUGACCUCUUCAUCGACCCAUCCGCUCUCCAUUAUUAUCUUUUGUUUACAUCUUCUGCCUUUCUUCCCAUCCUCGUCAAACAUCAUCAACGCUUCUUUUUAUUCUUCGCUUCACCAUCGCCGCAAUGUUUGUUUUCCCCGGACAACUGAAUCAAUUCUCACCUCACCCUCGCUCAUUGAUGUUGAUGCUGCUGCUGCUGCUGUUGGGUUGCUGCAAACCCGAUCUAUCAUAAUCCCCCGGCGCGCUCCAGUUCCAAGCACCUCAGAGAAGAAAUUGAUAAAAGAAAAACUGCCGAUAAUCCCUGAAUCCGUUUCUCACCAUCCGCAUGCUGCGAAUUCUGCAGAGCUGCAGCAUACGGUAACUCACUCUCCCUCAUUGCCAGCGACGGUAUAACAACAACGACGGUGUGAUGCACCGCUGCUUGUGGGGCCGUUCACUCACUCUCUUCGGAUUUGAUCCCGCACGGCAUUUUGCCACUCUCCCUCUCGCGGGUUGUUCGAUCUGUUGCACGCGCAGCUAGACCCUGCCGCCCGUCGUAGGGUUCCGGGCCGUCGUCCAUCCGGCGGUCCUGUUAGUCUGUGCCCGUGCGUAGUUCCGAGAGUACGUUGUGGUGGAAGUUUUGCGCGCGCGCUCGAUUUGGUUCCAAAACGAGAACCACGUACCGACCGUUUCUGCAUCGUGUGUAGCACCGAAUCGAUUGUUGUUUAUACCGACCGGGAUUGCUGGUCGAUUAUCCCGCGUCCUUCCUCGCCGUCUUCGUCGGUUGCUGUUGUCGUCAUCGUCGUCGUCGUAGCCGCCGCCGCCGUCAUCGUCUUCGGUUGAUGCGGAGUGAUCGCUUUUCCGGCGCCUCCUGCGUCCCGCGACGUUCGUCUUAUCGUGUUUUCUUGCCGGUGUGGAUGGUUUGGUUAUUCAUAGAAUAGAAGCAAUAGUGAAUAGUGAUUAAAAUCUGAGAGUGAAUAAUAAGGGGAGCUUCCCCCAUCCAUAUAGUGCCUCCGUUGAGAGUGGAUUGAGGAUUUGUUUUCUGUUUGCUGGAUUACGAACCUUUGGUCGGGUUCGAGUGGAGCGGAACGCGAAGGGGAGCCAUGAAGCGGCGCUGGUGGUGGCGGCGUGUAUUUUUGGGUAUGACGCUGGACUUGAGAACCAAUUUGGAUAUGAAAUCAAUUUGGAUAAUUCUCACGCUGCUGGCUGUGGCAGUGACCACGGCCCGGGCAGAUGAAAACAUGGACACCCGGGAAGGGGAAACCCUCACGCUCAAGUGCCGCUUUAGUGAACAGCAACCGUCCAACGAUUUCACGUACUACUGGGCCCGGUGGACAACGGCCAACAAGUUCGACAAUGUGGCCAUCAACAAUGUGCAGCUGAACACCAACUACAGAAUUGACUUUCGGCCCGAAAAAGGUGUCUACGAUCUGCAUAUCACCAACACCUCGUACAGCCGGGACAAUGGCCGGUUCGAGUGCCGAAUCAAAGCCAGUGGCACCGGCGCUGAUGUGCACCAACAGUACUACAACCUGACGGUACUAACGCCACCCCAACCACCCUUAGUUGCGCCCGGGACGAUAGCCGUUGCCACCGAGGACAAGAAGCUCGAUUUGACCUGCAGCAGUAUAGGUGGCUCACCGGAUCCGACGAUAUCAUGGUACCGUGUGGGAACAAACAUCCCGCUGCCAGCACCAAUCAACAAGGGUGGCUCGAAGGAUCUGCAGACGACGAGCACGCUCUCGGUACUUCCCCGACGAGAGGACGACGGGGCCAAGUACCGGUGCGUGGUGUGGAACCGAGCCAUGCCGGAGGGACACCGACUGGAGACGAUCGUCACGCUGUCCGUUAACUAUUAUCCCAGAGUGAAAGUCGGACCGGAAAAUCCGCUUCGAGUGGAGCGUGACACCACUGCCAAGCUCGAGUGUUCCGUCGAUGCCAAGCCGAACGUUCCGAACGUCCGGUGGACAAGGAACGGUCGCUUCAUCAGCUCUUCUCGCACGCAUGCCAUCCAGCGAGUGUCCAUCCAAGAUGCCGGAGAGUACGGCUGUUCUGCUGACAACGGUUUGGGUAAGGUAGGCGAACAGCUCAUCAUGCUGGACGUUCAGUACGCUCCGGUAGUGGUGAUUGAGAGUAAAACAUGGGAAGCUGAAGAGCGUGAAACCGUGACCAUUCGGUGCAAUGUGACGUCGAAUCCUCCACCGAUCUCAAUCGAAUGGUUCAAAGAAGGCAGUCCAGAUUUCCGAUACGCCGGAGACAUACUACAGCUGCGCGAGGUGAAGGCAGAGCAUGCCGGAACUUAUGUGUGCCGUGCGGUCAACAUGAUCAAACCGUACGGUGGUAAAAUAGCAGAACGUAUUGGAAACUCAACGGUUGCUCUACUUGUUCGCCAUCGGCCUGGUCAAGCUUACAUCAAUCCGAACAAACCAGUUGUGCACGUCGGCAGUGGCGUAACGCUGACUUGUUCUGCGAAUCCUCCGGGAUGGCCUGUACCCCAGUUCCGGUGGUUCAAAGACGCCGUCGGUGAGGUUUCCUCCAAUACGAUACUCGCUCAGGGUCCCCAGUACGUAAUUCCGAGGGCCCAUCUUGGAAGCGAAGGCAGUUAUCACUGUCAUGCGGUUAACGAACUUGGGCAUGGACCUAUGGCCACCAUCAAACUUGAAGUACAACAACCGCCCCAAUUUAUCGGCAAAAUGCAGCAGCACAUGACAAAACGAGUUGGAGAUACGGAUUUCUCUGCCAGCUGCCAUGCCAAAGGUAAACCCCGACCAACGGUUCGAUGGUUGAAAGACGGCCGUGACAUCACAACCGAUGCCAACAUGUAUCGCAUUAGUACCAGUAACAACGACGGCCUAAGUGGAAUGGUCACUGUUCAAAGUAUGCUCGUGUUCCAGGGUAAAGCACGACCGCAAAAGACUCAACUUCUUCCCAGCGAUCGUGGAACUUACACCUGUUUGUAUGAGAAUGAAGUAGCCUCAGCUAAUGCCAGUAUGCACCUUCGUAUUGAACACGGGCCUAUUGUACUGCAUCAAUACAACAAGGUCGCCUAUGAAAUCAAAGAAUCUGCCGAGGUAAUCUGUCGUGUGCAAGCCUAUCCAAAGCCAGAGUUCCAAUGGCACUUCGGGACAAAUACGGCUGCCCUAUCUAUGUCAUCAGAUGGGCAUUACGAAAUCAACACAACGACCGACAACAAUGACAUCUAUACAACUGUCUUGAGGAUCAACAAUCUCAAGCAUCAAGACUACGGAGAUUACACCUGCCGUGUGGGCAACUCUAUUGAAACCAUCCGUGCUCCAAUCAGAUUGCAGCCAAAAGGACCUCCAGAGAAGCCCACCAACCUUCACGCCGCUGACGUGGGUUCCAACUACGUUUCUCUGGUAUGGGAUCCCGGCUUCGAUGGUGGCAUCAGUAACACAAAGUUCUUCGUAUCCUAUCGUAAGGUAGCUAUCCCGCAUCAUGAUCAGAUGAACGGUGACUGCGGUAUUGUGCAGCAGACAAGCUCCGAAUGGAUGGAGUUUGACUGCCAGCGUGAUGUGCCAUGUAGUGUUACCCCACUGGAUCAACACCAGAGCUACGUGUUCAAGGUGAAGGCUUUCAAUGCGAAAGGAAAUUCGGAACCGUCGAACGAAAUCGCAACCACUACCAAGGUUAGCAAAGUACCGGUACCACUACACGUUGGAUUUGAUCCCGAAACGCGACAGCUGGGAGUGAACGUUGGCGCAACGUGUCUGUCAUUGAUCGCGAUCGUCGAAUCGAUCGGAUAUCACGACAGUCCUAUAUCUACGUGGCAGGUAGUGCAGACAGUUCCGCUGGCCGCUUCCGGAAGCAAGCCAACAUAUAAGGAGGAGAUCAUGGAUAAUAUGAUUUCAGCACGAAGAAGUAGCGCUCGGUCGUUGGGAGACGAUGAUCUGCCGAUGGCUCUAGAAGAGGAGAUUCCUCCCCGAGUGCGGGUGAAGCUGUGUCUCAAGUCUAAUCAUGAACAUUGCGGUGACUAUAUUGAUGCAGAGAUUGGACCAGCCUACGUCCAUGACUCCGCCUUCAUGGCAACACCCACACUAAUCGCCAUCAUAGUGUCCUGCGUCGUAUUUGCCCUUUUUGUAGGGCUUCUGUUGAUGUUCUGCCGAUGCAAGCGAAAGCACACCAAAAAGUCAACCACCGCCAAAGAUUAUGAAAUGGACUCCGUGCGACCGUCGAUUGUGGCGCAGCAAAGUCAAGCACCCCCUCCGUACUACCCGACGACAGGGCUGGACAACAAAGCUCUGGAACAUUCCAUGGAUUUGGCGCUGGCUAUGGAAGACCAAAAAACCUCCGUUUACGCGACACAGAAUGGCUACGGAUAUCACACGGGAACCAGCUUGCAAGUGCCGAACCAUACCAUCGUUGGUCAAGAAUGGGUAACAAUGGGUUAUGCGGAUAACAACUAUGCCAAUUCAAACAACGGAGGCAGCGUCAAUUCACAGGAUUCGAUCUGGCAGCUGAAGAUGUCGGCAGCGCAGGCUGCCGCCGCCGCCAACACCGGAACGCUGCACUACGCGGAACGACCGGCACCGGUGACGGCCACCACCAGCAGCAGCGCGGCGGGACUAUCGUACGGGUAUGAUCCGCUAGCGCACCCCGCCUACGGUACGGUCGACGACUACGCCAGCUAUCCGCACCUGGUGACGACCCCAAGUCAGCACGGCGGCGGCGGCGGUGGCGGCGGUGUUGAAGACGAAUACCAGCACACGCUCCGCCAGAGUCAGAACCCGUCGCGGCAGGAGUUCUGCGGCGAUUCCUACGCGUCUGUACAUAAACCGAAGAAGCGGUUAGACCAAGCCCAUUUAGAUUCAUCAUCAUAUCACGACGUUAGUGGGUUACCUGAUCCCUACCUUGAGCACCACCACCAACUACAUCAUCACCCAGAACAGGAGGACAGCGCAUCCCUACUGCAGCAACAGCAGUUACAAGCCCAGCAACAGCAGCAACAGCAGCAGCAAAUGUCCCUCAACUACGAUGAUACCAUGGAAAGUGGCUACUCGACACCCAACUCGCGGAAUCGACGUGUGAUACGAGAAAUCAUUGUCUGAGAACAGCCUAGGGUACGUUUCGCCAACGGAACGUGCCUGUGAAUCGUCAAACUCUUAUACCAAUCCACCAUCUCCACCAAUUGAACUGGGGCAGAAGGAAUCGCGAGAUUUCUUCACAAACAAACACACACACGUACCGGACUGACAAGGCUCCCCCUUCUUCUUCUAGAACAAACGAACAAAAACAACUCUUUUUUGCUGAAUUAGGUUAGGAUCCAAGGUGGCAUAUCAACAAGACUGAACAACAGCUUUGCUGCAGUGGUACCCUGGGGUGAUCAGUCCUGUUAAUAUGGCGUCUUUGCCAGAACGCAGAACGAAAAACAAAAAACUAAGCAAAAAACCAAACCAACCAUCAGUGGUGUAUUGUUAAGAAUUUAACGAGCGUCAUUCGCGGUUCGCUCAUGCUAUAGGGAAAUUAUUUUAGCAAAUAACCCACAGUAAACAAACACUCGCGCUCCUAGAAUAUUAGUCGGGGGGGAGUGGGAGCGGUUCAAUUGUCCAGGUAAGCUUGCGGAACAAAUGGCGCGGUUUCGGCUGAGGCGGCUGUUAUCGAGGUUAUGAAGCCGGUGUGUAUAAUUGUAUUGAUUUGUUGAUAACCGUCGACAGUUGUAGUAGCGUGAAGAAAGCGGUAGAUUUUUUUUAUGCCCAAAGGUUUUAUCGCAGUGCGGUUAUGGCCCCCCCAAUUAUGGUAAUGCAUUGCGAUUUUUGCCUCCCGCGAGAGGCUCUUUUACGAGCGACCCUCAACAAUUGAAUUAUUAGUCCUGUCCCGCGCGCAGGACGUUUUUAUUGUUUUUGACUAUCAAAAUGGGCUUUUUAUGGUAAAUGCUCGAACAAUAGUUAUUUAUGUUUUCUAUAGUUUUCGGUUUUAUAUCAAUGGGCUUGUACAAUGAAAUUGCAAUCACUGUCGAGUUCAUAUUUGAUGUAUGAAUAUUGUUCACCCACCUCAACCUAUCUGGUGUUGGGUCGCAACAACCCUUUUGUUGAAAAAUAUUAUUAUUGGAUUUCCUUUCCAAUUGAAAACAAAGAUUUUGUGCACAUUUAUUAAGUUUUCCAAUAUAAAAAUCACCUAACUAUGGUCAUUCAGUCCAGUUAUAUGUAAAUUAUAAGUAAGGCUAAAUCAGGGUUCUUAGUAUAUUAAGAUUGUUAAACUCAAUUGGGAUAAACUGUCUGUGUACAGAUCCAUUUGCUUACCCUUUUUCAUCGCAUAGUUUUUUUUUUUAAUCGUUCCAUACGAGAUUACGCAAUUAUUGAUUGUCGCCUAGGUCGUUGCCGAUUGUAUCGAGUCGUAUUAUCUUCUAUGUCGUUCGUAAUAGUUGUUUUUAAAGGCGGCUUAUUGGGCCUGCGCAAACCUCCUGUCUCUUCGGAGGGCCGUCGUGUCAGGGCUGUUUAGCGUCCCACCUAACACCAGGACUUGGGCUUGUGCGCUUUGAGCGGCACACGGUCGCUUUGGCGGAGCCUACUUGCGGAUACAUGCAGCUUUUUAUAGAGGUUUAACAGGGCCCACUGUCAAACCCCACCACAUCCUAGGCAGGCGCCACAACUCGCAGAUGGCCUGGGGAGGGAUCGUCAAGCCCUUGGACAUAGUCCCUGCUGCCCCAGUAUUGAUUGUACGGUGGUUAAUUAUCGUUCCGUAUGAACCCUGACAUGUCAGGGCGAAAUUUAUUCAAUCUCACGUAUAAGAUAGGUAUACGAACAUAAAAUGGAGAAUAACACCCUCGGAAUUUCCUGAGCAUCAGCGACGACGACGACGACGACGACUGCCAAUAGUAUCACUCCUCCUAUAACCGCCAUUUGUCCCGCAAGAAUAUGUAACAUUUCACGCGUUUUAUAUUUUUAAUUAAAUUGUAUUAUUAUAUAAAAAUACGUGCCCUUAAACGAAUGUAUAUUUAAUUGUGAAUUACGAGCGAAUGAAAAACAAUGCCGAAUGGUGCUCUCCACCCCAUCCGCACAGAAUGGGACCGAGUGAUUCGGCAUACUACGUGGCAAGACCGAGAGGGAAUGAAAGAGACAGUAGUGAAAAAAGAAUCGCGUUUGUGUGAUUGCGAGCCGCACGUUUCUGGAAGCAAAAACGCGUGGAAAAUAUUUUAUAUACAUAAUUAACGGUAUUAUAAAUAUUUGCACAAAAACAGUAAAUCUGUAAAGCCCAGUCACUGAAAAUGGGAGAAGCCCCACGUAAAAAAAUAGAUAUAUCAAUUUUCGAGAUGUAUGAUUAACUUUUACACGUACAGACACACACACACACACUCAACCGAGGGGUUAAACCGAACGGGAGAUUAUUUUAAAAUUGAAACGACAAACAUUGAAAAAAAGAGCCGCGGCGAUCGCUGGCAGCAAGGCGAUAUGGAAAUGUUUGAAAAUCGAAUUUACCUGUAGUAUCGAAGGAAAAGGAUCAGCUCUUUAACCCUUAAAUUGUACCAUAGACGUGUUUUAUCUCGAGAAAUUAUUUUAAAAUCCAAGAAAGCAGCAACGGAGUGGUAAAACCAAAAAAACGAUUAAAACAUGUUGAAAAUGCAUUAUAAAGAAGCACAGAGGACCUAGAGCCGCUUGCUUGCACCUGGUUUCUCUGUGUCGAUAUGAAUCGUCUUGUGUGUGAUAAAACCAAAAUUAAACUAAUGGCCAAGAAUGAUGAGGCAAAUUAUCAUAGGAAAUAUCGGAACACGGAACAACUUCGGCCAUAAUCUGCCUGCAUUGUAACGUACUUUGGCCGUGAUGUGUAAAUGACUAUAGCAACGUGUCGUCAGUUUCUUUCGCCUACCAAUUGCCUCUAAAAGAUCAUUUGAAUCUAAAAAUUGUUUGUGCAAGUGCUUGGAUAAUGACAAUUGAUUGGUUGUUCCUUAUUGGAGUAAGUAAAGCAGAAUAUCGGAAACUAAGAUAAGUUUUCUCAGCUACAAUCGAUGCUUUGUUCAAAGCUGUAAGCUAUAUAAUUUAGUGUUUUUUGGUUAUCACCGCUUGAUGUCGUAUCCGUUAUUUUGUGUUUAGUAAGAUUUUAGUAAUUAUAUACUGUUCUAAAUGUGAUAAAUGUAUUGUAAUUAAAUUGUAUAUUUUUAAUGCAUCGAACAGUUAGGUACUUAAACAGCAGAUUGCCAUUUUAAUUAUUGUUAGAAAAAGGAACAACUUUCCAUCGGAAAGCUUUUACAACAUCAUCAUGAACAGCAUCGGGAGAAAAGAGAGACAAGCAAAGCGUUUGGAUUGGGGUACUCUGGCAAGAUGCAUUGGAAACGAGCCCAAUGUAGGCUCGAGACGAGUGCACGGUUGGCGCCCUGGGAAGCGUUCGUGCAACGAAGCUCGAUGUUUUUCGGUCAAUGAUAAAUGAUACUCAAACACUAACGCAAGAAAACUGUGGAGCUUUGUGUGAGCUGCUCGGCGAAGAUACUUCCGUAUUUACUCUUAUUUGAAUGCAUGCAUAUUACAAAAAGAUAUUUUAGUUACUAGAUAAAGAUUGUCGCUUCGGUUCCCUUUGUUCUGCUGUCCGAAACAUGUGUGGUACAUACCUGUCAAAUCGUAUGGAUUUUUCUUCUUUGACAUUUAGCUCCCCUAUCCUCGCCAGCAAAAGAUGUUCCGGACAGCGACGACAGCGACAAUCUUUAUCUAGUAACUAAAAUAUCUUUUAUAUUACACUAUUUGGUUGCAAUUAGCCAUAUUUUUAAUAAUCAGCCAAACAUCUAUUAGAAUGAUGUCGAUGUCUGGUAGAUAUUUUACUGACUAGAGGUUUGGCUUUCUAUUUUCAUUAAAAGGGUUACUGUUAGGGGAGAAUGGUCCAAAAAUGCACCCCUGGGGCAAAAUGGCCUCACUCAUAAAAUCACUCAUAUGAUCUGUUGUAGUACAUAUAUGAACGAAUAUUACCAUUACAAUUCAUAAUUAUUUAUCCAUCAUAGAGCUCCAUUGGAAAAAAAAUAACGAAAUCCCUUCAUAUUCACUUAAAUUUAACGAUUUGCUAUUCUCCCACCACAUCAGUAAGAUUGUAGUUCAAUCCAUUACGAAAAAAAACAAACAAUCAUGCGCUCACCAUCAUUUUACAUGCAAUUGAGUCAUUUUGGACCACCAUUCGGACGUUUUACCCCAGGCCUUUUUUUGAAACAUUUUUUAAAUGCGUUAGAAAGUCAUGAAAACCUUAUUGUUUUGAAUAGGAGAUCAUUGUGAAUGUAGCUGGGUUUGUAUAUUUUGUACCUAUACGUUGAAAUGGUUUUCUUGUUUGUAUGGGCAAAAACAUCGAAAAAGAUUAAGGGGUGCAUUUUGGACCGCUCUCCCCUACUUCAAUUUUCAUCCCAUCAAAACAAAGCAAUUUCAAAGAGAUUUCAGCAGUGAGUACGCAUAUGUACUAUUAGUACAUAUGUACUAUUUUCUGAAAUGUCUUCUUUACUUAUUUUUUGCUGUAAGGUUUCCAACCUUAUAAAGUUUAUCUGAACUCAUUUCAGAUUUUCUUAAAAGGAAACCUUUAUGUCACUACAGAAGCUUCUCGGAAAUAAAGCGUCCCUGGUGAUAUUAUUAUUUUCAAUAGAAACUUCAAGGAACUGUGUUCAAGGUGAUAUGACAGUAAAUCCCUGCAAGCCAUGACUUUAAAUUGAACAU